GCGGCGCCCCGAGCGGUCGACCCCACCCGCCCCGAGCAGAGGGCGCCGCGCCGAGCGGGGUAGACCGGGCCGGACGGUUGGGCUGCGUGGACUCGCGCUCCUCCUUCCCACGCAGGGUCCCCUGGCGAGGCCAGACUCGCUCGCCAUGUCGACUGCGGAGGCUAGGGGUGUUUUCCACAGAGCCCGGGGCAGGACCCUGGACGCGUUUCCCUCAGAGAAAGAAAGGGAGUGGAAAGGCCCGUUCUACUUCAUCCAAGGGGCAGACCCCCAGUUUGGACUGAUGAAGGCCUGGUCCACUGGGGAGUGUGACAGUGGCGGUGAUGAGUGGGGACAGGAGACGCGUCUAACUGAGCAAGCUGUCCGGGCCGUCAACAGGCUGAACCCCAAACCCAAAUUCUUUGUUCUGUGUGGGGACCUCGUCCAUGCCAUGCCAGGGCUAGUGCUGCCAUCACAUAACUUCAUAACUCGUGCAAUGCCAUGUGGUCAUCGCCUGUUUCCAUGUCUGGGCCCCCUCUGGACUUUGAGCUCCAUGAGAACAAAGAUAACAUCUUACUUAUGCUGGUGUGGCCAUGAUCUGGCACACAGUAGGACAGCAGGGAUGCCCUGGCGGAAGGAGCAGACGGAGGACCUGCAGCGGGUGCUCAGGGAUGUGGACAGUGAGAUCCCACUGGUCUUCGUCAGUGGCAACCACGAUGUGGGCAACGUGCCCACCCCAGAGACCAUCGAGGAGUUCCAGCAGACUUGGGGAGAUGACUAUUUCAGCUUCUGGGUCGGGGGCGUCCUGUUCCUUGUCCUCAACUCCCAGUUCUUGUACGAUGCCUCCAGGUGCCCUGCCUUGAAGCAGGCCCAGGACCAGUGGCUGGACCAGCAGCUGAGCAUCGCAGGGCAGCGGAAGUGCCAGCACGCCAUCGUCUUCCAGCACAUCCCACUGUUCCUUGAAAGCAUCGAUGAGGAUGACGACUACUUCAACCUCAGCAAGCCUGUUCGGAAGGAGAUGGUAGACAAGCUCUCCAAAGCAGGUAGUGGCCCGUGACCCCGGGUGUCUGGGUGGAAGGGUGGUCUGGAGAGGAGGUUUCUAGAUCCUUCUGCCCCUUUUCAGCCUGGCAAAGGGGAGAGACAAUGGGGCUUUGGACAGCCUGGGUUCUGAUCCCAGCUCUGCCACUCACUGGCUGUGUGGCCUUGGCCAAGCUGCCUAGCCCUUCCAAGCCUCAGUUUCCUCAUCUGUAGAGAAGGAUUAGCUGAAGUAGCUCUUGUAUAGGAUGGUUGUGAGGAUUAAAUGAGACGACACCUGUAAGUCAUUAAAACAGCCCCUAGGCUACCACACACCUCGUUUCUCCUCCUGGUAGCACCUGCAGUAUUCCUUUCUUGAAAAAACGGUAUGUUCUCAGCCAAUUCCCUGAGUUACCAGUGCCUUGACAGGAUUCCAAUUUUGACAACUGUUGUGUCUCUUUUUUUGGUCCUAAUGCCUCCCUCCAGAUCUUUCCAGAGUGUACUUCAUCACACUCUUCUAAAAUUUAAAUAUAUUCAUUUAUUUGUUAGGGGAUAGGGAGAAGGGGGUGGCCUGAUCCAGUAGCAAGCAUUCAUUUAAAAAAAAAAUCCCAACACUCUUCUUUUCAUUUUUGAGCAUUAAAUGUGUUCACAUUUACUUGUGAAAAGUACAAUAGGCCCUUCUGUGUUUUUGAGACAUUUUACAAAAAGCUUGCAUAAUUGGAGACAUUUUCCAACUGCUCCAUGGAGAUGUGGUUGGAAAACUUCUAUUAAGGCCUUUGAAAUUUUCUGCCAUGCUUGAGUUGGUGCAGAAAACCGUUUUGAUGACAAGGAAGUGAAGUGUCAAGAUGGCAUCAGCACCACCAUGGAGACUGUUUUCUAACAGAGAAUAAUGCCAGAGAGAACAUUUAAUGCCACCGAAAUGAUUCUUUUCAUAUCAAAUGUUAAAUGAUGCAAAUGCCAUCCCCAUGGCUGCUCUUUGUUCCCUGUUCUUGUCAACCCCAUUCUUGAGUGGCACGUGGUUCUGCAUCUCCCAUCAUAGGAUGGAGCACACGCAGCCCACAAGCACUCCCAGAUAUUAGACCUAUGGAUAUUUAUAAAAAGAGAUGCCCUCAGCUCUAACAGGGCAUCCUCGGGAGGAGCUUACUGCCCACCCACCAGGAACCCCAGAAGGUGACAUUGUAUCUGGGAUGCACCAGCCACCUCCUGCAUCAGGCCUGCAGCCCUGCAAGCUCAGGAAGGAUUUGUUGGCACACCCAGAGCUGCUCCGUGUCUUGGAGGUGGGCUCCCCUUGCUCCGGCUCACAGAAAGUGGAAUCUACCACCAGAAUGCCAAUUGGCCGAUUUAGGGCAAGACUGAAGUCCUCCCCUCAGCCCCAGCAGCGCAGUCUCUCCCGUCGGCAGAGCACCGUGGGAAGCCAGAUUAUGAUCGGGAGGUUGCUUGCUAAGCAGGAGACAGAAGAGGGGAGGCAGUUUGCUUAUUCCACUCCUCAUGGCAUCAGGCGGUGGAACCCUGAUGGAUCUGUCUCCAGUAGGGCCUCCUUGCCCAUGAAGCCUCGGAUAUUUCACGUGCCUCUAAUUCUACCUCCUUAGUGUCUCUCCAGCCCACCCACCUCUUUAGGCUACCCUUGACUCUCAUCAGGGUCGUAGCAACAGCUCUGAGUUGCUCCUGCUGCCCCACUCUUGCUCCAUUUUAGUCCAUUCUCCACCUAGCAGCCAGAGAGGCAUGUGACUCCAGAGCCUCCAACCCUUCUGAGGCCCCCUUCACCCCCAGAAUCAGGCCAGCUCCUUGCCCUUCCCCAUCUUCUGUGCCUUUUCCAUGUCACCUGGCCAACACCUACUCACCUUUGACACCUUGUGUCUGAGGUGCCCCCCGCAGCUCUGCCUCCCCCCGGGUUCUUCCUCAGCUUUCCGUGAUCCCAGCGGAUUUGUGAGUGUUGACUUGUCUGAGUUCCCCACUAGACUCCCAGCUCCUUGAGCACAGGGACGCUGUUCUAGUCAUCUCUGCAUUUGGGAGGCCUGGCUCAGGUCUUAGCUCAUAGUAAACGCCGCAUCGGCAUUUGUGGGAUGAAUGCAGGACUCAAACUCUAACUCAGGCUCCUUCCCUCAGCAGCCGCCUGCCACAGCUCACUUCUUUGUUUAGCACCCGCUGUUUGCCAGGCACAGAGUAGACCAGGUCAGGCUCCCCAGGGAACUCCCGGGCACAGCCUUUCCCUGGUGUGUUCUGAGUGUCAGCACAAGCACACAGCCUCGAAGUCCUUCGGUCUUGGGUAAAGCCACUUGUGUGUCUCCCUGCUCUGAUCCACGUGCUGGUUUUUCAGGUUCAUGCAGUGGUUGAUUUCUCUCUUCCCAAGUGGCCCCCCACUAUUCCCACGAGGCACCAAGUUCACGGAUAAAAAGGCGUCCUCUUCUUGGCCACUGGCCUUAGGAUCUUGACCUAAACCUGUUUAACCAGGGAAAACCAGAGAGAUGCAUGCCCUUCCUGCAGUCACCUGUCAGUUUCAGUGUCUUGGCUAACCGGGCCCUCUGCUUAACGGCCUUUCAAACACACAACAGACUGCGGGCAACGUCAGGAAGAGCCCGGAUCUGGGGUGGACACAGCUCAGGGCCCGGCUGAGUGAGCUGCUUGGUUUGGAAGCCCGGGUAGGUGGGCUCUCGUGGAGAGUGCGUGCGCCCGUGACUCAGUCGUGCAGAAGAUUGCUUCCGGUCGUGCCAGUGUAAUUUGAACUCCUUUUAGAAAGCCAGAAGUUCAAGUGACAUUUUGUAAAAUUCGUUAACUUAAAGACCGUGAUAGAAUUGGGGGUGACGGUGGCAGAUGGUAUUUAACACUGCCUCCAGCUUUCCCCCGUGGCAAUGUUACUCCCUAAUACUAUUUCAGUCUCAUUUAUCUCCUUGUGCUAAAAUGCCAGUGCUCAAAAAUAUGUCAAAAGCUCAUCAGAAUAUCAGGGUAGCUUUUAAUUAUGAUAAUUGUGUUGUUAUAAAAUAUCCUUUUAAAGAGCACAUCCCUCCUUGAACCACCAUGGAGGUAAAACCCAGCUUCCUUCCAGCAAGCUUAAUGAAUAAUUCUGAAUCAUUGUGUGGGAUGAAUAAAUGAUUUGAUAAAGAACAUCAACAAUCAUCUCACAUUGUUGCAUUAAUUUUUUAAAUGGGAUGAAGUAAGUGAGGAGGUGGGGUGUUACUAUACAAUGGGCCACGGUGUCUGCAGGGCUGAGUUCUGGGAAUCAAAGCCUGCAGGUUUCCCUAGAAACGGAUACAUUCUGUUUCUACUUUUGAAGCUCAAUAAAAAGCCUUCUUUGUAUGACCCAGAAAUGUUGUCAAUAGCCAGUACAAAUACACAGUUACCGGGGCAGGACAGAGGCACAGAUGUGAAGUGGCCCCGUCAUUCUCUGUCUUCUUUUGCUCUGCCGGAGGAUAAUCAAUUUCAUCACAUCCAAGGGAUGUAGAAAUUGGUUUUCCCUUAAUUCACCUGAUCGCUAGUUGGAGUUGCAAAGACAGAUAAUAGAUAAUGAAAUCUUGGUUGAACCUGACCAUCGUCUCCAUCCCUCAUGUCUUUUUCGGCAAAAAGUUAAUAUGUGACCUAGUUAAUGUGGAUUCUAAUUUAAAAACUCAAUCUUAAAAAACGAAAGUCUAGCUCUUUAACUGACCCUGUUUCUCUUGAUGUCUCCAUACCUUUUCUUUUUCCCAUUCUCAACAGAGAGAUUAGAACUGCGUAGUAGAGAGCCCAGAGCAAGUUUGGCAAUUAUGAAAAAUUCCAGUAAGUUGAUCUUUCCUGCAAAAGCUAAUAAGUAAUUUCACAGAAUUAUAGUUUCAUCUCCAGUAUUUAUGCUUUUUUAAUAAAACUGGAGAGAGAGAUCUUAGUCCAUGCUUUUAUGGCUUUUGAAUUUCAAAAUGUAAAGAACAAAAAGGUUAGGUUUCCACUUUAUAGGGAAAUAAAACAUCAGUUCCCACUCUAAUAUCUUACUUGCGUUGUAUUGAAAUUAUUUGUUUACGUCCUGAUUCCUUUAGGAAAUGGGGUCCCACCUUUGUUCACCUCUGUAGGCCCAGCCGCUAGCCAAGACUGGCACAGAGUAGCCCCUAAGUAAAUAUUGGUUAAAUGGAAUUGAAUUAAACUUGGUUCAAAUCUCUUUAUCAGUAGAAUCAUAGGUAAUGUCUGUAUUACCUAUGGAUUGGUGUUUACCAACUGACUUUGGGAUGGGAAAUGUAUACAUUUUGGGCUAUAGUCUGUAGUGAUGACUCAGUUCUGCCUUUGUAGCAUGAAAGCAGCCACAGAUGAUACAUAAGCGCAUUGCACAGCUGUGUUCCAAUAAAACUUUAUUUACAAAAAUAUGGGUGGGCAUGCAGGUCAUGGUUUGCCCACCCUUGGCUUAGAGACGUAUUCCCGUUACGGUGUGACACUCUUGCUCUCUACGCAGUGUACAUACAUCUAAUUCCAGGAUGCUUCUGGUGACCCCACUCUGACGCCUGCCUGACUCACUCGAGGGUCUCCCCAGAUCGAGCCUCAGAAGCCUCAUGGAGGGCGUGCCUGGCGAGGCGCAUUCCACUGGAGGCCAUUGAUGUGAUGGGGCAGGGUACAUGGUGGCACUUAAAAUCUAAUCCCUGAGUGUUUACUUUAACGUGUGUUAGAAAGAAUAUAACUAGCUCAUCACUUUAAAGAAAAAUAUUAGGCGAGUAAUAGUGCGGCUAGUAUGCAAGUGAUGCAGAACUUGUGAGGUCGCUCAGGGGUGAAGCGUUCACACCAGUGGGAUGGGUGAGGCCAUAUGACAUCACGGGUGAGCAGACAGCCUUUUGGCUUUGGACACACCAGGUUCAAAUCAUUUGGUCCUCCUUCCCUAGUCAAUGGCUUCAUGUAAGCUGCGAACAGCUUUCUGCCUUCAUGUCCUCACGUGUUGGAUGUAUUCAUCCCAGCCUAAUUGGGUUGGUGUGAGAAUCAAAUAAAGAGAGGCACGUAUAAAAGCAUGCCUGGCUCGUCAUGUGUGCUUGAUCAAGGGUUGUAUGAUGUCAGAUGACCCUGGACCGUGUUGUGAGCCCACGGCGGGCAAUCUGCUUUGGUUGGGGUCUGGUUUUACCCUGUAGCCACAACGGUGCUUCUCACCCUUGGGGUGCUGCCAGGAGAGGGGGAGGACCUGCUUGCCAGGCUGUACCUCAGAAUCUCCAGGUCAGGAGAGGCAUGUCGAAUUUGGGGAUAUGCUUGCAGUUUGCUAGCAUAACUUUACAAAUGGAAAAAGGAAGCAAUUAGCAACUCUUUUCACAAUACGAACUAUAGGAAGUGAAGGUAGACAAAAAACCUCUUGGCUCCUGGGAUAUGCAGGAAGAUAGACUGUGUCUCGGGGAGUCUGAGAUUUUUCAGAGUAGACGAGGAAUGUUACUUUUAGUUUUAUCAAAAGGGGGUAUUAGUUUAAAAGAUUAGGAAGCGCUAAACUGGAUGGAAAAUUCCUAUGGCAUUUAGUGAUAGAAUUUGACUCUAAAUCUGUUUUUUUAAAGUGUAUACCUCAUCAAUUAAUGUGUUAAAUAAACACACCUUUGAAUGCAUAAUUUCAUAGAUUUUUCUGAAUCUAGCAAAUGUGUCCCCAAGACAAUGGCAGUGAUCUUCUGAUGUCCUCUGUUUAAACAACUAUCUUAGCGAUUCUUUUUUUGACCAACUUUUAAGUGAGAACUCACAGUUUUUUUAAGCAUCCGUAGAAUCCAGAGUUUGUAGGGGCAUAACAGCUUAAGGCAUCUUCCUUAAUAGAUAUUUGAUCCUGAACUCAUUUUUCCCAGGUUUGGUCUGUUUUAUGUUUUGAUUAAUUCACCAUAAAACAUCACUUUAGUCAUUGACGUCUGUGUUUCAUUCACUAUAAACCUAGAGAAAAGACCAACUGCGGAAGCUACAUCUGGUGUGAAGUGAUGGAUUACGUUUCUCACUUUGGAGGUAUCCUUAACAGUUGGGCUAAUUAAAGUUAAAAUCAAGUCCUGAUGGUAAAUAUUUAUAAAUCGAGAACCUGGCGUGUUUAAAUGUGUGUGCGGGUUCCCGAAGUUAAGUCAACAUUUAUUCACUCAACAAAUAGCAUGGGCCCUGUGCUAGGCACUGAGGACAGGAAUGAACAAAACUGACUCAGUUCCUUCUCUGUUUUGGAGAUCACUCUCAAACUAAAAGUUAAAAAUCUUGUUGAAAAAUCGCAUUGCUCUCUUGCUCCCGAGCCCAUUUUAAAUUUGGAUUAUUGACACAAAAGAGGAAAGACAAGAGUUUUUCUUACACGUGUCCUUUACAGGAGGCACUGUCCUACACGCCGUUGAAGUCCGGGUGAGGAGCUCCCUGCAGUCCGGUUGCCCAGGGAGAAGGGCCAGGUCUGGGCUAGGUGCUGCCGCCUUAGCCACGAGCCUCCCACUGGGCCGCCCUGCCUGGGCGGGGCCUCAAGGUCUGCGCUUCUGUAUCGCUCAGGGGACCGUAACCUCACUUCCUCCGUGGUACCACCCAAGGGAGAUACCUAACAAAACAGUUUUGCUCCUGAAAAAGGCAAAAGAUUGACAAGCUUCUGGAGAGCCGUGGCUCACGUUCAGUUUUGUUAUUACUCACGUUCUUGUCAGUGGCUGCCUCAUUGCCACCACAGCCGCCACAGCAGCCCUACAUGGUCUUGGCAUUCUGUCCCUUUUACUGACGAGCAAACUAAGUCCUGGAGGCUGAAUCUCCUGUUCAGGUCACAGAGGUGUGAGGCAGGAUAGUAAGAUCGCAGGGUUUUGUGGGGCUCAGAGGAGGAUAUCCAACACAUUGACAUGUGUCUGGCUCCUGGUGAGUGCUCACUAAUGGUAGUGCUAUUCAUAUCCAUCUUACUGUCAUUAUUAUCUUAUAAAAAUAUUUUAAAUGACUUCACAUUAGAUAAAUUGAUGUGUAAGGAACAUAUUUCCUCUUUUUCCAUGAGUCCAUACCUCUGACCCAUUGCUGGGUUGCUGGAGUAUUGCCAGAACUGGAACCCAAGUCUUUCUGACCAUGUUCUUUUCUUCUACUCCUCUGCCCAGCAUGCUGGGGUCCCAUGUCCCGGAGAGAGCCCCCUGUUGUGCCACCAAAGGGUGCUAGAAGCCACAGGGUAACCAGCUUCUUCGAGUAUCAGUUUUACUCCAUAAGCCAUUUAAAACACAAUUAACAUUACAUUAAUACAAUAAUAAUUAACACAUAUUAAAUACUUUACUACAGGUGCUAUUGUCUCAUGUUAUAGACAAGGAAACCAAGGCACAGAGAGACCAGUCGGCUUGCUCAGCUUCACACAGCUGGGAAGUGGCAGAGCUGGGCUCGGUGCAAGGACUCUGGCCCUAGGGCCUGGCCUCUUACCACCUUGCCGUGCUGUCGGGAUAAUGAGUAGCGUGCGCAGUGGGCGUGGGCGUUGACAGCAGGAUGAGAGGAGCCAGGCCAGCUUGAGCUGCGGCAGGUCCCACCUGCUCACCCACCACGUCCACUUUCCACCUGCCCUUCUUAGGGGGCUGCCUCAGGGAAGGAGCUGGUCCAGCCCCCAUGGAGGCUUAGAGUGGGGAUGUCUGAGGGGGUCUGCUGAGUGAGGGUCCAGGGAGUCCAGUCAGGGCAUGAAAUUCCCUUCCGGCCUCAGCGAGCAGCAAGUUUUGUUUCGCUGUAGGCCUCUCAGCUCAUCCUUUCAUCUUGAGUGUGUGAAUUGCGCAUUCUGCGGACAAAGAUGCUGUUUUUGGUGUUUUUCUUGAAACAAGGAAGAAUAUGUACCCACCCCUACAGACUCUUCAGUCAGCCCCCCAGGGGUACAAAUUCAGGUGGGCUCUUAUCUGGGGAUUAUGGGCACCAGAAAAACUCGCUUAAAAACUGAGGACUGUAGCUUGUAGAAAAUAGUGAUAAAAUAAAAGUAAAGGUUGGUUUGAGACAUUAUCUUCAGAAAAGAGACAAAUUAUGGCAGUCAUCUGUUUCAACUUGUAUUUGAGAAAGUGUUCAUUGUCAUUGCAAAUAUGUACCAACUCUUAGAGUGAACAAAGAACGAAUCAAGUGUCGGCUUGGUUUCCUUGCCCAAAUUGUCUAAAAUAAUUGUUUGACGGCAGCAUGUACUUUACAUUUGACCCUGGCAGCAGCAUCAUUGAGGGUCAUUUCUGUAAGAGAGAAAAAUAUUUUCAGGUUCAUCAGUUUUCCUAAGGGUCUCUUUCCAAAUCUGUCAGUAACCCACUUAUUGCCCUUUGUGGAAACUAACGUGUGUGUGUUUACUCUGCCGGAACCUUAUAUGUUGCCGACUUCCCCAGUAAUUCCAGCAGUCCCCCAGUGUCACUUUUGUCGGCUUUAUGAAAUCCUGCAUCUUUAGUAUGUUUUGUGAUUUAACCCAGAGGUGGCUCUGCCUGGUUGCACCCAUUGAGGGGUUUUGAGUUGGGCCUUGGUUUAUAAGUAAGUGAUUCAUUGACGUUUUCUUGUUAUUAGAAAGUUCCUUCUUUUCAUACAGCUGAGAUCAUAUCAUACGAACGUGUUAGAAGCGUAAGAUUAUGUCAUACACAGUAUUAUCUCCUGUCAUUAAAAAUGUUCCCCAAACCACAGGUAUUUUGUGCUACAUGGACACCAUGUCCAUUGAACUCUUUUGCCAUUAUUAGACAUUUAAGUUGUUUCUACUUUUUCUCUGUAACAAAUACUACUGUCAUAAACUUCUUUGUGCACAAACAGGCCCAAAUCUCUUACGAUAAAAAAUGCUUGCACAUUUUAAACUUUGUGAAACGAGAGCCUGAAAUCGGUCUUGAUAAGGCCCAAUGCGACUGAGGGUCAUGUUUUGCUGAAGAGGUUCAGCCUUCUGCUGGAAGAGUGCUGGCGCUCUUGGCUCUGGGACUGGCCCUUUUGCUUCUUGUUACGUUCAUCUGUGUAUUUGUGAACACCUGUCGCACGUGUUUCCUGCAUUUGGAAACCGGAGGAACAAAAAUGAGGAAGCAUCGGUCCUACCCUCAAAGCACAGGGUCUGGGGGAAAAGUUGGGGAAGGAACUAGAGUAUUAUAGUCAAUGUAGAAAUCUAGAGUGGGCACCCCAUGAAACUUGAGAGAGUUUUUUUUACUGUUUAAAUUCCUCCCUCCAUAAUUCAUAUUUGAAAUGUGUAGGUAUUUGCCGGCUCCUGUUUGAUAGGGGUGUGCUUGCCCUUAAGAGCUUUUGAAUUGCAUGAUACCUGUUGCCAUGGAUGGCCUCCAUAUCAGGGACAUUUUAUCCCUCCUACCUUUUUCCUUCCUUUCUUCUUCCUUCAUUCUUUCUUUUGCUUCCUUUCUGUACUUUAAUUCAUAACAUCCUGUCAUUCAGGCUGUGUCUUCAUGAAAUCACUCCAUCAAGUAUUUGCUUUGGGGGCACCCAUUCAAUUAAUUCAGUAGAUUUGGGGGUUGCCUACUCUGUGGCAAGCCUAGGUAUCAUGGCAAAGACCGCUUUCAGAGAAAGAAAUCCUUUUUUGGGUGAUUGAUCCAUCAGCCCAGGGAAGCAUUGUGGUCAGUGUCCCUGUUUCCUGUCUCGCUGAGGUCACUGACCCUCUGCAAAGGUGUCCAUUCCUUAUAAAGGUAAAGCCAAGUGCCUCUGAUACCACAGGGGGUUGUCAAAGGAGACUUGGGCUAUAAUCGUAUACAAAUUACAUAAUUAUAUUUUUUGCUUUCUUAAAAACUGUGAAAGCAGAUCUUACAAGAUGUCAAUAUUUGUUAUCUGUGGGUGGUACGAAUAUAAUUGUUAUACUACCUUUUGUACUCAUCUAAUCCUCUAAGUUUUUCAAAAAAUGAAAAAAGAAUAAUAGAAAGAAUCCCUACAAGGAAGUCCAGGUCAGGGGUUGGCAGACUGUUUGUGUAAAGGGCCAGGUAGUAAAUAUUUUAGGCUUUGUGAGCCAAGAGGCAAAAUCCAGGCUAUUAUCUAGGUGCCUGCAUAAACCUGAACAUAGCCGUUUACACAUGUGAGAAGCAUUCUUAGCUCACACGCCUUAUAAGCAAACAGACAGCAGGCUGUGGUUUGCCGACCCCUGGUCUAGGGACUCAAGAUCGAUGACUGCUGACAGUUGUAUUUCAGGAUAACAGUUACAGAGCCAUCAAUUCUUUUCAAAAAAUUACGCCACUUGUCAUUUUCCACACUUCAUCUCUCCUAGCCGCAAAUGAAAGGCUAAAAUCGAGGCGAGGAAAAGAUUUUAUUUCUUUGUUUUCAGUUGACCACGUUUCAGGUGUUUUAGUAACUCACUCUGCCUUGUGCGUGUUGUCUAUUUUUCACUUGAGUUGCCAUACAGUCGUGGCCUAAGGUUCCCGAGCCCCCUGCCCCUCCUCUGGGUCGGCACUGCCCUGGAUCCAAGCCUCGGGCCUGUUGAUGCACGAUGCCUGGAAAAGCAAGUUCACAAGCAGUAGGAAGGAUGUCCACAUCACUGACCAGAAACCCUCCCUUGGAGUCCUCCUGAGCCCCACCCUGUGAGGAACCUUCUGGGGACCUCUUGGAGGGAGGUGAACUCAAUUAUCCUGUAAGAGCUUCCAAAGGCGGACUUAGCCAGUGGUCAAAAAUAGCUUAUUGGUCAUGCAAAAAAGAGAGUUUCUGUUUUAAAAAGUGUAGGGUAGUAUUAGUUCCUUUUGGCUAUGCAUAACCAGAAACUCUGACCCGCCUGGCUCAGAGAACAAGGAGGUUUAUCAUUGUGUGCAAACAGAAGGCAGGGAGCAGUGGAGGCUCUCGGCCCGGUGACUCAGGGACCAGGGUCUUGCGUUGAUCUUGAUUCUGCUCCACGCACACCCUGCCCCGUGAGGCCCUUUCCUUAGGGUGGGCCUUCUCAGGUACACGUAGUUCUGGACAUCACAUUCAGACUGACAACCCCAGAGGCAGAAAAUGAACUUUGUAAAAGAAAGAAAACCUUCCCCAGGACCCCUCAGCUGGGGUCCUCCCACAGCCCUGUUUCCAGACCUGGGCCACAGACCCUUUCCCAGCGUGUAGGUGGCGGUAGGAAGAGAAUUGCCACAGCUGCCUCGGUCCUGUUUCUGGGGUAAAGAGCAGGACGUAUCCCAGAACAAAAUCGGGAUUCUUUUAGCAAAGACAAAAAGGAAGGGCAUGGAUAUUGGGAGCAACCAGCAUUGUCUUCCAGGACAAGGAAGAAAAACCCCCACGAUCACACGUUAUUUCAAAAACAGGGCCAAAAAGCACUGUCUCCCGUGUGCAAUCGUGCGCCUGUGUUGGGGGGUUAAAGGUUAAACACAUCAUCUCUGAAACUCACAACAACUUGAUGAGGGAUCUGUCGUCAACCCCUUUUUGAAAUCGAGGAAAUGGCUGUUCAGGGAGGUAAAGUUAGCUUGUCAUGUGGCCUGUAAGUAACAGACAGGAUUCAAAAUCAGUGCUCAUUCCACUGUCUCUGUCUUCCCCCCUCUUGUGAGUAACAUCAGACCUCCUUUUAUAAGGAACAUGGUAAUUCUUUUGUGAUACCAGAAAACACCGGAAUUAUUCUUUUCCUUAGAUAAUAUUGGCAAAGAGGGGAGGUUUGAGUUUCUCCUUCAGGACACCUACUAAAAUACAGCUUAUGAGUUGCCAGAUAUUCAUGUAUUCAUUCACUAUCCAUCCAUUUAUCCAGCAGUCUUCUAUUCUGUUCAUUCUGGGCAUGGAUAUUCAGUUAAAUAGAUUUGGUUUCUGUCCUCAUAGACCAGUUGGGGACACCAAGGUGGGAACAGGAAAUCACAGGACAAAAGUGGAGGAAUGUGCAAAGAACAGGAAGAAGGAGAAUCAACCUGGUCCAGCUUGUCCAGGGAGGUUUUCCCAGAGGAGAGGAGUGAGCAGGCUCCUGAAGGAUGCAGAACAGAGCUCAUCAGGCAGAUGUGGGCAGGAAGGGCAUUCAAGACGCAGGGCGGAGUACAGGCUGAGGCCAGAGCCACAGAACAGCCCGGCGUCGGGGCUAGAGCAUCUUUUCCCUAGCAAAUGUCAUCUCAACACUGUAAAACAUCUUGCUUCCGUGGCUUGCCACCACCUCUGUCUACCUCCCUUGAGUAUUUUUGGAUGGAUUUCCAAUUUGAUACACGAACAUGCCGUCAGUCAAAACAAUCUUUUUAAUGAGCCUCUUGUCCUGACAGCUGUGUUUAAGAUAGGGCAUGGAAACCGGGUAAUGGAAAUCUAGAAAAUUGUCCGUUCUGGAUUGAAACCUUAAUGUGUGCCCCGCACUCCAUCUCACAUGCAAGCCUGCCGUCUUCUUUUAAAAUUAAAGGGGAAAUUAUGCAUAGCGAAAAAGAUGUCAUUUGUGCAAAUAAAAAAAGGAUCUUCUGAUCAGAUACUUAGAAAAGGAUGAGAGGAAGGUAUAAUUAUUGAGCGCCGCCUGAGUGCGUCACAGGCAGCUUCCAGCCAUGUGACUUUGGCUCUGAGUCUCACUUGAUCUUCGAAGCCACCCUAGAGGUGGUUGAUGUUAGUCCUACCUUCCAACUAGGGGAACUGAGGCUCAGAGAGGUUGAGGGCCUUGCCAGGCUCACACAGCUUGGCGGUGGCAGACUGAGGUUCAAGCCCCGUGUCCCCAGACCCCCACCCCAAACUGCCUUUCUGGCAACCAAAUGGUAGGAUUGAUAAAAUACAGCUCUCCCCUUGCAUAUUCCACACGGGGUUUGAAUUUCCAAGUCAUCAGGAAGGGAAUAUUAAAAAGUUGAGCAUAGCCUCCCAUAUAGAAAAGACUAGGGGGCAAUGAGUCUGAAGGUUGCAGGAGCAUAAUUAAUGCUUGAGUCCGGGGUGGGCCGCGAUGCUCUCCUGCAGCCGUGCUCCCUGGGCUUUGGGAGGACCGCUGGGUACCUCCAGGCCCUGGAGAGGAAUGACUUCCUAGCAGCACCGCCCUUUCCCCAGGAUCGUGUCCUUUAUAACUCUUGGUGGGGUGCGGUGGGUGGGAGAGGAAACGUCCUGUUAUAAACAGGAACCGGCCCCUCUCAACUGCCUCCAGGUCUGGGCUCAUAACUGGCCAGUGAAUCUCAUCCCGUGCGCUCUUCUUUGGGGCUUUUGCCACAGAACCACUUCCAUCCUGACCACGCUGAAAAUGCACAGGCCCUUGGUGUUCUCUGAGCCAUUUCUCUGCCAUCGAGAAUUGUGGUUUCGGCCCUCUCUUCCACCUUCUUGUAGUUUCCAUUCAGAGCCUUGAAAAAGGAAGAAUAUAAUUUUUGUUGAUUGUUACUGAGGUGAGGCAAGAAAAGUGUAAUUUACAUGGCUUUUUUUUUUUUUUUAGGGGAGGAAAUUGGGGGGAAAAAUCUUAAAAAGAAGAAAUCUCUUCUGGUUAUAGAGUAUGAGUUGGCCUUGGGUGACGGUCAUUUCAAUUGGUUAUUGGGCCAUUACUUCCUACGCAAGCAAAACAUGAAAAAAAAAAAAGAAAAAGAGAAUCCCAAGAGGAGGGUGUGAAACCUUAAGACGAGCCAGGUGUUUCACAUCGCGUGGACCAGACAUCUGAACAAAUGCCCGGGUGACCAGAUGUUGGCGUGUUACAUAGUGUCCACAAGAGAAUGGGAGGCACAAAGCCAGUGUCCAGCAGUGGCCCAGCCCAGGAGCACCUGGUCCCAUGGUAAUGAGGAUGUCAGCAGCAUCCUGUGGCUGCUCACGCCCGUCAGUAGAGACUCAGCUCCUGUAGGAGAUUCUGCGCCCCUCGCCCCAGGUCAGGUCCCGCCGAGGCAGGGCUGCUUGCGUGGGUGGGAGCUCUGUAACCUGGGACAGUCUCUUCUUGUGCUGAUGCUCCUGCAGCGGACAGGGACAGAUGGGCGCCUGCCCUGAGGCCCAGCCGCAGACCUGGGCAGAGACUCCUUCCUCCCAGGAGCGCUUGCUGCCCCAGGUCCCCAGGGCUCGAGAAGCUGCACUAACUCUGAGUGUCCCCAUGUACCUGAGCAGUCCCUGGACGGCUGAAAGGCUCUGAAACCCACCUGACCUCCCAGUGAAAAGUACAGAAUCAUCUGACAGCCUAGAUUUGAUAUGCCAGAAACAUAGUUUUCAGGAUUUUAUAGGGUAGCUCUGAGAUAGAGAUUUCCUGAGUGGAACACGUAAAAGAUACAGCGUUGAAUGAAUGAAAACAAGUUGCAGGCCCACGGAUAGCAUAUUCCAUGUUUGUGUAAUUAUAUGUCUGUGUAUAUAUGUGUGUUUCUCUGUUGCUGUCAGUGCCAUUGAGUGGAUUCCGAGUCCUACCGACCGUGUGACGGCAGAGCGGAACCCUGCCUGGUCUUUCUGCACCGUGCCCUCACCUAGUGCCACGUCAGACAAUGCUCCACUGCAAUUCACAGGGUUUUUCAUGGCCAGUUUUUCUGGAAGUGGGGGGCUAGGUCCUUCUGUGUAUUACUAUAGACCUCUCUCUAAUAUCUGUAUUAUUAGUAUACACAUUCCAGUUAUCUGGACAAUACACACUGAACUCCUAAAAUGGGAAGAGAGAUUCCCCUCCCCCUCCUUUUUUUAUGCUCUGUGUUUUUAUAACAUUUGAUUUUAUUUUUAGCAAGCAUUCCUUUCUUUGUUCUUUUAACGUCUUAUUCAGAAAUAUUGUCAAGCUUACAGAAAAGUUGUAAGUAAAAAGAAUACCUGUAUACCCUUUGCCCAGAUUUAGCUGGCACUUUACCCCAGUUGCUUUAUUUUUUUUAUUAUUUGUGGGAGAUAUUGCAAAUAUAUAUAUUUUUCUGAUUUGUUUGGGGGUAAGUUGCAUGAAUCCUGUAUAUGCGUUUUUGCACUUUGGUCCCGUGAUUUUUCUUGGCAUUCCUUCUGUAUCAAUUGAUGGAGAUCCUCCUCCUCCUUUACAGCUGCAGCGUGCGUACCACAGUUUGUUCAACUGCUCUCCUAGAGCAUGCAUUACCUUUGAAGGCAAAAGAACAAUAAAGAUAAAUAGUGGGGGAAAAAUGUAGAAACGACUGAAAAGAACAGGCUGAAGCUCUGAUAGAAAGUCUUUGUUGUUUUUAAAGUGGGCGGGGCUGUGGGAAGCCAGGUGGCCGCUGGGCCCUGGGGCUGCCCCUCGACUCACACAGGCAUAACAGAGGUGUCAGGAGGUCCAGUCGACCUCCUUAGGCAGGGGUCCCUGGAAGCCGAGCCAGAAACGGGGGCUGGAGCACACAUGAGGGAGGGUCUUGAGAACAGGGAAGUGAGAACGUAGGACAAGGCAAGGAGCAGAGCUGAGCAAGGUCACCUGCUGAGCUGGGGUCAGACUGCAGCCUGAUCCAGCCAGAGCCCCAGAGCACGAAUCGCACCAUAGACGUGGUCCCGCCUGGAGGCAGGGGGCCAGCCCCUCCAACCCCCGAGGACAGUAAUCCAUUGUAGAAACGUUGAAGAAUGAAAAAUAAUACAUGGAAUGCGGCGCGCUCACAGUGCCUGACCCACAGCAGAUCUUGAGCAAAUGAUAGCUCUUGCUAUUAUGGCCGUUACUCCCUUUUUUCCUUUUUUGUUCUGUAACAGCUUUAUUCUCAUACCAUAUAAUUCACUUAUGGAAAGUAUACGAUUCAGCGGUGUUUAGUCGAUUCACAGAGGUGUGUAUCCAUCCCCAUAGUCGACUUUAGAACAUUUUCAUGACCCUACAAAGAAACCUUGUGCCCUUUAGCUGUCACUCCCCCAUUUCCUUCCAACCCCUUCCUUCCCUCCCUGCCCUAGAAAUCUACUUUCUGUCUCUGGAUGUUUCUGUCUCUGGAUAUUCCAUAUAAAUGGACUCAUACGGUACAUGGUCUGGGAGCUCACCUUUUGCACCCUCAUGUUGUUAGGUCGUUGGCCAUGCCCCACCAAGAGGAGGUACCCUCUGAGCCAGGCGGCUCUGGUUCAGUCAUUCAGGACUCAGGAGAAGGGCAGCUGUGAGCCCUUAGCAGCCAGCCCUCCCAGCCACCGGAGGAUGGACGCAGCAGCCUGUAAAGGGACCUGCCCAGGACACGGACGUCCAUUGGGGGAAUUGUGUGAAAUGGCUCCUGUAAGAGUAAGAUGAUGGGGAUUAUCCAGCCUGAUAAAAGAACAGGAAGGGUGGCCUUACUCAGAGUUUCUGGAUAAACAGAAACAUAUUGUCUGUGGUCCUGGGCAGUCUCCCUUUUAAUCUUUGCAAGGCUCCCCCUUGUAAGACCGCCAAGGAAUGAAAUCUCAGCAACCAAACUCUCACACGCUUGGUGGGAAUUUAAAUUGGUCAUUUUCUGAAGGAUAAUUUGACAAAGUCUAAGCUAUGGGAAUAUGAAAGACCAAACUUUUCCCCCAAGAUCAGGAAUAAGGAAAGAGCUGCUUUCACCACUCCUGUUUCACGGUAUAUUGGCGGUUCUAGCCUUUACAGAAAACGAGACAAAGCAUAAAGGUCAGAAAAGAAGAAGUGAAACUGUUCCCGUUUCCAGAUGAUAUGACUGUUUACUUAGAAAAUCCCAGGAACCUGUAAAACAGUUACGAGAACUAACAAGUGAAUUUAGCAAGGUCUCAGGGUAUCAGGUUCAUAGACAGAAAUCAAGUGUAUUCUUAGAUACCAGCAGCAAACCACUGUCAAGUGAAAUUAUAAAAAGAAUUCAAUUUGUAGUAGCACCACAAAACAUAAAAUACCUAGGAAUAACCAAGGACGUGAAGACCUCUGCCCUGAGAACUACAGAACAUUGCUGAGAGUAAUCAGAAAAGACCUAAGCGGGUGGGUGGGAAGGUAGACCAUGUUCAUGGACUGAAAGACUGUUGUUAAGUUGGCAUUUUGCCCAAAUGACCUAUAGGUCAACGUAAUACCAAUCCAUUUUAGAAAGGUUGAAGAGCUAAAAAUAGUACCAAUCAGAAUUCCUGCAGUCUUCCUCUGGAUAGAAAUCUGCAAGCAGAUUCUAAAAUUUCUGUGGAAAUGGAAGUUACCUAUAAUAGCCAAACAAUUUUGCAAAAGAAGAACAAAAUUGAAAGACCUACCUUAUUGGACUUCAAGACUAACUGUAAACCUCCAGUGAUCAAAACUUUCUGGCAUUUGGUAUUAAAAGAAACAAAUAGAUCAGUGGAAGAGAAAUAGACCCAAACGUAAAUGGUCAGUUUUCACCAAAAUUGCUGAGCCAGUUCUGGAAACAACCCCAGUGUACUCAACACUUGAUAAACAAAUUACAGGCUAUCUGUACAAUGGAAUAUUACUUAGCAAUAAAAAGGACGAACUGUUGAUGCAUCAACGUGGAUGAAUCUUUCAAAAUUGUGCCUUCAUGAUCCUUCCAUGAAAUGUUUCAAAAUCAUGCUGAGUGAAAGAAGCCAGACCAAAAAAAGUGGGCACACUGUCUGAUUCCGUUUCUGUGAAGUGCAAAUUAAUGCGUAGGAGCAGAAAGCGAGUCGGUGGCCGCCUGGGACAGGGAUGGAGAGAGAGCGACUCUGAAGGAGCGCGAGGAAACUUUGGGGAGUGAUAGACGUGUUCAUGAUCUUGACCUUGGUGAUGGCUUCCAGGUUCGUACAUAUGUUAAAAUCGAUCAAAUAUGCUGCUUAGGGUCCUUCAAUUAUACUUUAAGCUGGACCAAAAGAGGGGAGGUAUGCUCAGACUCAGCAGUUCAUAUUCCUCGUAAAAUUUGAAAGCUGUGGACCCUGGCGCUAGCCUUUUUUUGUCUAUUUGUAUAUGUGGGGUAGUUACCAUUUUUGCUCUGCGAAAGUGCCUCAUUGUAUUUGUCAUAUGGUAUUAAUAAUUCAGGCUUCUAUGAAAGAAAUAUUCAAUGCUUUAGUUAAUUGAUAUAAUAAUAGCUUCCAUUUAUUAGGUGCCUACCAUGUGCCAGGCACAAUAUAGCUGUUUCUCACAGCAGCAGCUUCACGAGGUAGCUCUUAUCAUCCCCACUCUACAGAUGAUGAAACUAAGGCUAUUCAGUGAAAAAGUGCCAAUGCUGGGACAGGAUAUCCACGUCUGCCCCACUGCAGAGCUGUGGUGGUCAGGAUAGCAGCCGCCAGCCACAUGUGGCUGGUCCAGACUGAGGGGAGCUCUACGUAUAAAACACACUCUGGAUUUUCCAGACUUACUGUGAAAAUAAGAUUGUAAGAUUAGUAAUAUUUUAUAUAUUGAUUACAUCUUGAAGUGAUAAGAUUUUAGAUAUUGGGUUAAAUAAAAUACAUAACUAAAAUUAAUUUUACGUGUUACUUUUUAUUUUUUUAAUGUAGCUACUAGGAAAUUUAAAACUACACAAGAGGCUCACAUCAUAUUUCUCUUGAACUGCCUCUUCAGAGCUCUUUCCACUUUACAUUGUCUUUAGAAAGGAUAAGUAGGAAGUUAACAGCGUAUGUUUAUAUUUAUUGAGUGUAAACUGUAUGCCGAUUAAAUUUCAGUUUCUUAUUGGUACGUGUAUUUACUCUAUAAGCCCAUUACCUACUUAAUUUCAAGCAAAAAUUGUCAGCAAACAAUUUUUUUAAUGUGUCAGAUCUGAACGACUAUUUUAGAUGGAAGGAUGUGGACACUCGCAGGUGGACGGAGAGGUCUCUCUGACCCUCAGCAUAGAUGCUCUUGUUUAUCGAAUAACUGAGUAAUUAUUUAUGGAAUAAUUUUGUGUUCAUUAAAGCAGUGUUCUCUAAAUAUA